AUGGAGGAGGCCUCUUCCUCUUCCGAGGUAAAAGCACUUCCUUUGCCGCCGCAGCAUCAAGUGUUUGUAAAUUUCAGAGGAGAAGAGUUGCGGAACAGCUUUGUUAGCCAUCUCAGAAGUGCAUUGGUUAGGCAUGGGGUCAACAUCUUCAUAGACACGAAUGAGGAAAAAGGUAAACCUUUACAUGUGUUUUUCCAGAGGAUUGAAGAGUCGAGGAUCGCUUUGGCCAUUUUUUCCGUUAGGUACACCGAAUCGAAAUGGUGCUUGAACGAGCUAGUGAAGAUGAAGGAAUGCAUGGACAAGGGAAAGCUCCUCAUCAUUCCCAUUUUCUACAAGGUUAAAGCAUACGAAGUUCGGUAUCAGAAGGGACGGUUUGGUUGUGUUUUCAAGAAUUUGCGCAAUGUUGAUGUUCACAAGAAAAACCAGUGGUCUGAAGCUUUGAGCUCUGUUGCAGACCGGAUCGGCUUCUCCUUUGAUGGAAAGAGCGACGAGCACAACUUCAUCAAUGGUAUUGUUGAAGAGGUUAAAGAAGCGCUGAGCAAGAUUUUGUUGGACAAAACCAAAGAUGCUUUCGUCUAUCAUUCGAAAAACAAUUCAAUGUCCGUAGGAAGAGAAAAGCACGAGAUUUAUGGACUCAAACAACGGUUAGAAGAAUUAAAGGAGAAGCUAGAUCUUGAUUGUGAGGAGACUCGGAUUUUGGGAGUUGUUGGGAUGCCCGGUAUUGGUAAAACCACUCUUGCAAGGGAGAUUUAUGAAACUUUGCGGUGCAAGUUCUUAAGGCAUGGAUUAAUCCAAGAUAUUCGUAGAACAUCGAAGGAGCACGGGUUGGAUUGCUUGCCUGCAUUACUCUUGGAAGAGUUACUCGGUGUGACAAUUCCAGACAUAGAAUCUACUCGAUGUGCAUAUGAAUCUUACAAGAUGGAACUACAUACACAUAAAGUUCUUGUUGUUCUCGACGAUGUGAGUGACAAGGAACAGAUAGAUGUUCUUCUGGGGAGAUGCAACUGGAUUAGGCAGGGAAGCAGGAUUGUCAUUGCAACAAGCGACAAAUCACUAAUACAAGAUGUGGCUGACUAUACUUAUGUUGUCCCACAGUUGAACCACAAAGACGGCUUAGGUCACUUUGGGCGUUAUGCCUUUGAUCGUCAUUCCAACAUACACAACAAUGAAGUCAUCAUGAAGCUAUCGAAAGAGUUUGUGCAUUAUGGUAGAGGUCAUCCACUCGUUCUAAAGUUGUUGGGGGCAGAUCUUAAUGGGAAAGACGAGGACCAUUGGAAAACAAAAUUGGCUACACUAGCAGAAAAUUCCAGCCAUAGUAUUCGAGAUGUGUUACAAGUAAGUUAUGAUGAACUGAGUCAAGUGCAUAAAGAUAUAUUUCUCGACAUAGCUUGUUUUAGAUCGGAAGAUGAGAGUUACAUUGCUAGUCUACUGGAUUCAUCUGAAGCUGCAAGUGAAAUAAAAGCUCUCAUGAAUAAAUUCAUGAUUAAUGUUUCCGAGGACCGAGUAGAGAUGCAUGAUUUGCUAUAUACUUUCGCUAGGGAACUUUGCCGAAGAGCAUAUGCUCAAGAUGGAAGGGAGCCACAUAGGUUGUGGCACCACCAAGACAUAACUGAUGUGCUAAAGAACAUAGAGGAAGGCGCAGAAGUCAGAGGGAUUUUCCUAAACAUGAAUGAAAUGAAGAGGGAGAUGAGCUUAGACAGUUGCACUUUCAAAUCGAUGUGUGGUCUCCGAUACCUCAAGAUCUAUAGCUCACAUUGUCCUCAGCAAUGUAAGCCUAACAAUAAGAUAAACCUCCCUGAUGGGCUAAACUUCCCACUGAAAGAGGUUCGCUAUCUCCACUGGCUAGAGUUCCCAUUGAAGGAAAUUCCACCAGAUUUCAACCCGCAAAAUCUUGUCGACCUUAAGCUUCCCCACAGCAAGAUUGAACGAAUCUGGAGUGAUGAUAAGCAUAAGGAUACACCAAAAUUAAAGUGGGUCAAUCUCAGUCAUUCAAGUAACUUGUGGGACAUUUCGGGGUUAUCAAAGGCUCAACGUCUUGUUUUCCUAAAUCUAAAAGGGUGUACAAGUCUCAAGUCUCUUCCGGAGAUAAAUUUAGUCUCUUUAGAAAUUCUCAUCCUCAGCAACUGCUCAAACCUUAAGGAAUUCCGGGUGAUCUCACAAAAUCUAGAAACUCUAUACUUGGAUGGCACUUCAAUUAAAGAACUUCCUUUGAACUUCAAUAUACUCCAGAGACUUGUUAUAUUGAAUAUGAAAGGAUGCGCGAAGCUGAAGGAGUUUCCGGAUUGUCUCGAUGACUUGAAAGCUCUUAAAGAACUGAUACUCUCAGAUUGUUGGAAGCUCCAAAAUUUUCCGGCAAUCUGUGAAAGAAUCAAGGUUUUAGAGAUAUUAAGAUUGGAUACUACAACCAUAACAGAGAUUCCGAUGAUAUCGUCGUUACAAUGUUUAUGCUUAAGCAAGAAUGAUCACAUCAGCUCCCUUCCAGAUAACAUCAGCCAACUUUCUCAACUAAAAUGGUUGGACUUGAAGUAUUGUAAGAGUCUUACAUCUAUUCCAAAGCUUCCACCAAAUCUUCAACACUUAGAUGCACACGGCUGUUGCUCACUUAAGACAGUCUCGAAUCCACUGGCAUGUCUUACUACGGCUCAACAGAUUUAUUCUACAUUCAUCCUCACGAACUGCAACAAACUCGAAAGGAGUGCUAAAGAAGAAAUAUCUUCCUUUGCUCAAAGGAAAUGUCAGCUACUUUUAGAUGCACAAAAGCGCUGCAAUGUCAGUUCCUUGAUCUCCUUCAGUAUAUGUUGCUAUAUAUCAAAAAUAUUCGUGUCUAUAUGCAUUUUCUUGUCUAUAUCUAUGCAGAAUUCUGAUUCGGAGCCUUUGUUCAGUAUAUGCUUUCCUGGAAGUGAACUACCUUCAUGGUUCUGUCAUGAAGCUGUUGGACCUGUAUUAGAGCUCAGAAUGCCUCCACAUUGGCAUGAAAAUAGGCUUGCCGGUGUAGCUCUAUGUGCUGUUGUCACAUUUCCAAAAUCUCAAGAACAAAUCAACUGUUUUUCAGUGAAAUGCACAUUCAAACUAGAAGUAAAAGAAGGGUCGUGGAUCGAAUUUUCAUUCCCAGUUGGAAGAUGGAGUAAUCAGGGCAAUAUAGUUGCGAAUAUUGCAUCAGAGCAUGUCUUUAUUGGGUAUAUCAGCUGUUCAAAGAUCUUUAAACGUCUUGAAAACCAGUAUUUUAGCAGCUCUAAUCCUACAAGAUCCACGCAAUCUAGUAAAUGUAGUCCUACUAAGGCCUCUCUUAAUUUUAUGGUCAUAGAUGGUACGAGUGAGCUACCGAGAAUCGAAGUGCUCAAGUGUGGCUUAAGGUUUUUCAAAGGUGUUGGGAGCAGUGGAAAUUAUUUAAAGAAGUUGGAAGUGAAAGAAGCUGAACAAAAUCUAAGUGCUGAAAAAGUGUCAGAAGAUUGGACGUAUGGAUCAAGUAGCAGAUGCAACCAUGCUGUCAAAACAUGUCCAGAACAGAGGCAAGUGACAGUCACCGCAGAGGUUGAAGCUUCUCCUGAAAAAGCUGACAAUGCAGAAUUUCAAAUCAAGAUCACCCCACGUGAAGCUCAACCACAACCACAACCACGCCCAUGUUCAAAAACUUUGAAAUGGGCAUGUUUUACUUGUUGUGACUUCCAAAAACAUCUAUGAUUAAUGGAGGAAUAUGAUAGCUCAACACUACAGAAGAGUAGCCAAGAACUACCCAGUGCACAUAAAAGAUCCCAAAGAGUCAGAUUUUGGGGUGGUUAGAGGAAGAAAUCAAAGAAUGAAGACUUGGGAGAAAAAAAAAAACUCUUUUGUUGGAUGUAUCUCUAUCACUCCUCUUUAUGCUGGUUUGUUUUGUGCCCACCUAAAUGGCAAACUUCUUAUAUGUCUUCAGGGUUACACUUUUUAUUUGUU